AUGGAGCAAUCCUAUGGUAUUCAUUUAUUAGUUGAGAAGCCGAUUGCUAUGAAUACAACCGAAGCGAAAUUAUUACAAGAAUAUACCACUUCCCAAAAUAUAAAAGUCUUAGUAGGACAUCAUCGAAGAUUUAAUCCCUAUAUUGUCGCCACCAAACGAAAUCUCUCCAAAUGUGGGAAAAUAAUCGCCAUUCAAGGUACUUGGACCCUUCUGAAACCCGAUCAAUACUUCAUCGAUUCUCCAUGGAGAACAACUGCUGAAUCAGGUGGUGUUGUUGCGAUUAAUUUAGUUCAUGAUAUCGAUUUAUUACAAUAUUUAUUCGGACCCAUAUUCAGGAUCUAUGCCGAACCGUUAUCAAAACAACGUUUGGAUCAUGAUGCUGAUGAAGGUUGUGUCCUAACUAUAAACUUCCACUCUGGAAUCAUGGGUACAUUUAUUUGUUCCGACAAUGUGGCCUCUCCGAUCAAUUUCGAAGCUGGAACGGGGGAGAAUCCGACUAUACCAAAACAUGAAAAUUUAUGUGGGGUUUAUCGUAUCUUUGGUACUAAAGGAACGUUGUCUAUGCCAGAUAUGACUUUGUAUCAUCAGAAGAAUAGUCCAAGUUGGACUAAGAGUGUGAAUGAAGAGGUGGUUAAGGUUGAUUGUGGAGUGAUGCCGUUUGAUUUACAAUUGAAUCAUUUUGUGGAUGUGAUUGAAGGAAAGGAGGAUCCGAAAUGUUGUAUUGAGGAUGGAAUUUCUGCUUUGCUUUGUAUUAAAGCGGUUAUGAAAUCAAUGGAAAUUGGGAUGCCGGUGGAAGUUGAAAGUACUUGA